AUGACCGAUGAGGAUUUUCUCAAUGCAAUGGAUGAUCUCUCGUUAGAUAAUGAAGGAGAUGUGGGAGAGCUAUUGAAAGCGAUGAAUGAGAAUCAUAUGAUAAGCUGGGAAGAAGCUGAGAGGAUUCUAGCUGACACAAGUAAUGAGCCGAUCAAAUGCUCACUCGUCGAACAGAGUCGACCCACUGAACCCGACAAUGACACGAAUGUUGACAGAUGCAUUCAACAACUCCAAGCAAACGAUCCAGGCCUCAAACAGAUCAACUUGAACAAUAUGAAACGAACCCCCAGUGCCGCAAUUGAAAAGGCUAAUCGAGGCGGUGGCCUACAA